AUGGCCGAUGCGCAGAGGACGAUGACAAUAAUGAGGACGGUAGUGGUGCUGACGGUCGAGGACGAUGGUGAGGACGGUGUCUCUGAUGGACCGCCGAGGCCAGCAGAUGCGUCUAUUGGUGUUGGGGUAGGUGAUGAAGUGUACGACUGCGAUGUUUGGGAUUUUGCUAUUGUCGAGACCGCUGCUGCUUCUGAUGCUUCUCGUCUGACUCUCGCGAGAAUGACAGGUGCCAUGCCUUCGAGAUGGUAUUUAUGUUGA